CCUGCGUGAUCAUGACGCAAGGGGUGGCGACGUGGAAAUAUGGUGGAGAGGAGUAACCAAAGCAAAGUUAGCUGCCUCAUAUUGCCCAGAAUUGAUUAUCAUUCUUCAAUAUUUAUAGGUGAAUAGCAUAUCGAUCGGACAUUGAUCGCCGCCCGCAGGCUUGUGAUACGUAGAGGGACUGAAGAAAGCUAAGGCUGCCACGACAACACCAAGAAGAAACAUAUGACAGAUUCAGUUCAUCACUAUCUGAUGAGGCAGUGAGGCGAGGUGCUUGCUGCUGAGAGACACUCGGGGGGGGUCUCUGGGGGAGGGGAGAGAGACAGACGGAGAGAUGGGAGCCAACACCAGCCAGGUCAGUGACCUGUCUGAGAACCCCAGCCUCAGGACUCUGGUGGGCACCGAGUCCGUGUCGCAGAACGAGCCCUUCUGGAACCAGCUCAUCUCCUUUACCUUCAUCAGUCCCGCAAACAGUGGAGACUCAAAGAUACUAGAAGAGGCAGUCAUCCCUCUGGCAAAGACCCUCAUUGAAAAUAACCCCAGGACGGGGAACUUUGGCACGUUAAUAAAAGUUUUCCUCAGUAGAACCAAAGAGUUGAAGAUCUCCACAGAAUGCCAAGAUCAGUUGUUCAUUUGGCAGGCCCACAAUGCACUGUUCAUGAUCCGCUGUCUGCUCAAAGUGUUCAUCCGAGAGAUGAGCGAGGAGGAACUGCACCAGCAGUUCUCCUACCAGGAGAGGGCGACAAACUCCACAGGAGAAGGAGGCGGUGAAGACCUACUUGAGGAGCUGAUGUCCAACCUAGUGCACCUCAUCGUUGAAGUUCCCCUGCUGGACAUCACCUACAGCAUCCUGUUUGAGGCGGUGACCACGCUGCUAGUCCUUUUCUCCUACCAGCUCUUCCAGAAGGACAUCCUACGGGACGGUAUCAUCUACCAGCACAUCAUGAAGGGCCGAUGUCUGUCCCUGACCAGCCGGCUGGUGAAGACGCUGCUCUACAACUUCAUCAGGCAGGAGAAGUGUCCGCCGCCCGCCACGCACAUCUUCCAGCCCCACGGAGAGGAGGGAGGCAUGCUCUACGGCCUGGUGUCAGGGGUGGCAAGCGGUCUAUGGAGCGUCUUCACGCUGGGCGGGUCUGGAGCUAAGGGGGUUGAGCAGGAGCCCAACCCUCUGCCCUUGUCCAAUCAGAGCCUUCUCCUACUGCUGGUUCUGGCCAAUCUGACGGACGGCCCCGAUUGGCCCAACCCCUAUCGCCAGGCAGUCACCUGCUUCAGAAACACCCAAGACACCUCGUCCCUGCUGGCGGACCAGCCCCACAGCUUCCAGAUCAACUUCAACAGCCUGUACACGGCGCUGUGCGAGCAGCAGCGCUCGGACCAGGCCACGCUGCUGCUGUACACGCUGCUGCACCAGAACGCCAACAUGCGCACCUACAUGCUCUCCAGGACCGACAUGGACAACCUGGUGAUGCCCAUCCUGGAGAUCCUGUACCACGUGGAGGAGAGGAACUCCCACCACGUCUACAUGGCCCUCAUCAUCCUCCUCAUCCUGACCGAGGACGACGCCUUCAACCGCUCCGUGCACGAAGUGGUGUUGAAGAACAUCUCGUGGUACACCGAGCGGACGUUGACGGAGAUCUCUCUGGGCAGCCUGCUCAUCCUGGUAGUCAUCCGCACCAUCCAGUUCAACAUGACCCGCACCAGGGACAAAUACCUGCACACCAACUGUCUGGCGGCGUUGGCCAACAUGUCGGCCCAGUUCCGAUGCCUGCACCAGUACGCGGCUCAGCGCAUCAUCAGCUUGUUUGCUCUGCUCUCCAAGAAGCACAACAAGGUUCUGGAACAGGCCACGCAGUCCCUCCGGGGCCGGACGGGAGACAACAACGCACUGCCCGACUACGCGCAGGACCUGAGCGUGAUCGAGGAGGUGAUUCGCAUGAUGCUGGAGAUCAUCAACUCGUGCCUGGCCAACUCUCUGCACCUCAACCCCAACCUGGUGUACGCCCUGCUCUACAAGAGGGAGCUCUUCGAGCAGUUCCGCAUGCACCCCUCCUUCCAGGACAUCAUGCAGAACCUGGACACGGUGAUUGGCUUCUUCAGCACGCGUCUGGAGCAGGCAGGAAGUGACCUGUCGGUGGAAAGAGUCCAGGAAGUCAUCAUGAAAGGAGCCCAGGCGCUGCCCAAAGACCGCCUCAAGAAGUUCCCAGAGCUAAAGUUCAAGUACGUGGAGGAGGACCAGCCCGAGGACUUCUUCAUCCCCUACGUGUGGUCGCUGGUCUUCAGCUCGGGGGUGGGGCUGUACUGGAGCCCUCAGGGGGUGGAGCUCUUCAGCAUGGACUCUGGCUGAGGCCACACCCCUGGCUGAGGCCACACCCCCCCUCUGAAGUGGACUGACUGUGUGUAGCAGAGAAUGGUUGAUUUACUGUGUGUGUGUGUGUGUGUGGUGCGCGUGUGUGCGCACAGUACUCCUUAUAUGUGCACGCUGUUUAGUUAUUUCGGGAGAAGUGCCUCAACCGUGUACAGAACGCUAUUUUUGAGGGAAUUCUGCACAGAACUUUACACCCCACCCACCCGCCUCUCUCCUCCUUGAAUUAAACUUCAACAUAGUCCUGUGCUUCUGCUCUUCCUUAGUCAUGGCCCCCUUUUCUAAUCACUCCCCCCCCCCCCCCUGGCUAUACCUACGUCAUAUAAAGGAGUCCAUUACUUGCAUGUGCAGAAAAUACAUCAGAAACACCCUAGGUCCUUUAAAACACCUGCCCAGUUAUGAUAUUUGCUCUUGUCUUUCUUUACUUCUUCAUAGCGCAGGACACUGGAGGUCUAUAUAUCUGACUAGGGAAAAGAGGUCAAGGAUAUGAACUGUUCCAAAGUGUUACUUUAUUUUGUUUCCCUCUGGUGAAAUUGUAUUUACAACGGCACUGAAGAUUUGUUUAUACAUUUCAUAAAAAUGAGAACGUUUGUUUUGCAAUGCGGCCCUCAGUAAUUUUUAUGACGUGCGCGGUACAUAUAGAUUAUCAUUGCAUUUAUUUUUCAUUCCUAUUUUUGUCAAAAUAGACACAGACAGAGCCCCAUUGAACUCCGACUAUUCACAGUACAGGGUAAAUAACUGACACAAUAGCAUCAAUCAAACCAUCCUAAUUAUCGGGGCCUCACAGAAAAAGGGGGUUGGGCCUGACAUUUGAUUGGAUUCCUUGCAUAAUGUAUAUGUUAUAAACAACAUAUACCUGUAUCGAUGUUUCAAAAGCUCACUGACUUCAGACUCCAAGCAUUGUCUUCAGCCCAUGAAGCUCACCUUGGCUCCCAUUCGAUCCGUCUCUUCGUGAACUCGCCCAGCCCCUGAGGGCAUGUUUAUCUCUCCUAUCAUCUCCAUGUUUCACUGUCUUACUCAAGUGGGAGCAGUUCCACUGUCGGGGUUCACCCAGUCACCAACCCUGCGAUCGAGACCGGUGAUCACCCCCAUCGCUUAAUCUUGUGUUCAAAAUAAGACUUUUUUUUAAUAUUAUUUAUUUUUUUCCUCUUUUUCCUUCUUUUUAUGUUUUUUAUUCUAUGUCCCGGCCGCGGAGUGACUGGCCUGUUUGUUAUUUUGAAAGGUGAGAGACGCUCACAUGUCGUGGCAUUCGGCUCUUUGAUAAAAAGAGGUUCAAAAUAAAGACAUUCAUUAAAUUA